AAAGAGCGGCUCGCUGGCUCCGGCGCUCUCUCUCUCUGCGCAGCCGGUGCAGGGAAGACGACGCCGCCGCUGCUGCUGCUGCCGCCACCGCCGGGCGAAGGAGGCAGCCGGAGCGCUGGAUGGCCAGCCGGCCCGCGGAGGAGGGGGGCGCGGCGCUGGAAAGCCUUGGAUUUCAGCAACACGACCCCAGGACAGACGGAGUGUGUAGAAGCUGAGAAGAGUUUGAUGCACAAUUCGGGCUGCACCUUGGAAUCUGGAACGCUCGAGAGAUGGUUUAUCCCACGCCAUCAGCGUGCUACGUGGUGCUUGCUGCCGUGGUGGUAGUCUAUGCACAGAGGCAUAGCCAGCAGGAGUCCCACAUUCAGUACGCACAGUUGGGCACCGAUGUGACGAUACCGUGUGGGUCUGUGGACCAGGAAAUAGCCGUCACUUGGACAGCUAACAGUACCGACCUCGAUGCAUCUCACCUGAAUGGUUCGCGCCUCGUCCUUCGGAACGUGGACUUAUCGCAGAGCGGCCAGUACUCUUGCUACGAGGGACCUUCGUGGCAUCUCAAGUAUCGGGUCAACCUUAAAGUAGGAACCCCUCCCAAGGAGCCCGUGCUGAUGUGCCGGUCCAAUAACUACCCCAACGGGUUCUACUGCAGCUGGCACCUCCCCAGCCCAACCCACAUCCCGGACACCUUUAACAUCACUGUGACACACGACUCCAAGGAAAUAGUCUGCGAGAAGGAUGCCUCUCCCAAGAACAGGUGUUACAUCCGGUACCUUCACCUCUUCUCCACCAAGAAGUACAAGGUGACUUUGACCGUCACAAACGCCUUGGGCAGCAGCGCCACCAGCAUCUCCUUUGACGAAUUCGCGAUAGUAAAGCCGGACCCUCCGGAGAACGUGGUUGCGAGGCCGAUCCCCAACAACCCUCGGAGAUUGCUGGUGACGUGGCAGUACCCUUCCUCGUGGCCUGAUCCAGACUCCUUCCCCCUCAAAUUCUUCCUGCGGUACCGGCCCCUCAUCAUCGACCAGUGGCAGCACGUGGAGCUGUCGGACGGGACCUUGCACACCAUCACGGACGCCUACGCCGGCAAGGAGUACAUCAUCCAGGUGGCCGCCAAGGACAACGAGAUCGGCACGUGGAGCGACUGGAGUGUGGCUGUCCACGCCACGCCCUGGACUGAGGAGCCCAAGCAUCUCACCACGGAAGCCCAGGGAGCAGAAACGACGACCUCCACCACGUCAGCAUUUAUGGUGCCCCCCACGACCCGGAUCUACGACCCGGAGGAGCGGAGCAGUGACGGAGCCGUGGCACUUCCCUGUGUGGCGGGUCUCCUGUGGGUGGCAUUCAGCAUUCACUUUAUUUAACUCGGCCUUGGAGCCCCGCUGAGAAGGUCACCAACUUGCCAGAACGUCUGUGUUUGCUUCUGUUUUGCACAUGGUCUGAAGGACACGUCACGUUUCUCUUCAUUGCUUCACACCCUGGAAGGACAAGCCCUCUGGGAUCCAGAGGCCCCAGCCUCCUCCUCCUCCCCGCAGCCUUCCCUGCACCGAGAGGUGGACUGAGGAAGCCUCAAGAAGGACAGAGGGAAGCUCCUCCUGGAAAUAGAAAGAUGUGGGUGCAGGGCGGGGAGGGGGGCAGGCCUGCUGGGGUGAAGGGGGAGGGGAGAUGCAGGGGGAGCACCAGCCGUCCUGGCCUCGAGUUCGGAUCAUACAGCUAAACCACCAUGCCAAAGAUGCUCCGCUGAACCUGCUUCGCACCCGGCAGCCAACUCCCGGACACAAGCGUGUGCAGAACGGCACAGGAAAGAGAGGCCACGGACCCGCCCGGUGGGAGCUGUAGGCCACCCCUCCUGCUGCUGCUGCUGCUGCUGCUACUACUCCUCUUUACAGCUGUGAGAGAACCAACUGCUGAGUCCUUGGCCAGGCAAAACAAGGAAAAGAGGGUGAGGAGGCAUCCAGGGUGUCUCAUCCCCCCCCCCCACAAUUAAACAUUGGCAGCCAGGAGACUUGUGCUUCGGGGGGGGGUGUCUGUUUUUAAAGAGGAACCAUGAACAGUAGCACCUGCUCCCUGAAACCACCGCGUCUCGCCUGAAACCAGGGAAGUGUGCCUGGACCACGCCUCCCACCCCAACCCCGUCCCUCCGUUUGUAACUGCGUGCAUUCCGUUUAUACAAAGAAACCUGUGGGUUUGUGUAUUGGUCUUAUUAUUGGGGAGUGGGAUGUAUACAAAAUGGAACUGUAGCUAAACUGAAGGGCCCCCAAGACGUCUCCAUUCCUCCCCGCCCAGGUCCUGUUUUGUAACGCCCCGGUUCUCUCUCUCUUCCCUGUUCUCUAUCCCUCUGGUUCAAAAUGCAGUAUUUAUACCGUAUGUCCUAUUAUUCCAAAUGAUAAUAUGCUGUAUUUGAACUUUUUAUAGAUGUAUAUUAAAAAAAAACUAAAAAAAAACAGACAUGCACACACACACUGAAAAAAUACACAGGAGAGAGGUUGCCCAUUAAAUGUGACCAUUUCAUUACAAUGUUUUUGGACCUGG